AUGGGCGCGCUGGGCGGUGGAUUCCUCCUCCUGCUCCUGGACAUGUGUGGCAAUGACCUCACAGCACUAGGAUCUGAGGUGCUGACACUGAGCGGCCCGCGCAUGCUGCUGGUCAGGAACAACGGGCUGGGCGGCCCAGGCUCGCUGCCCAAGGGCCUGCCUGGCCCAGUCGCUGCUCUGCUGAAGCCUGCAGGUGCUCAACCUCAGUGGCAACAGCUUCCAGGAGCUGCCCAUGUCACUGCUGAAGCUGCCAGAGUCUACGGGGGUCAGAAGAGGGCACCAGAUCCCCUUGAACUGGUGCUGUCCUUCUACUCUGGCCACUCCUCCUUUGGCAUGUACUGCAUGUUGUUCCUGGCGCUGUACGUGCAGGCCCGGCUCUGCUGGAAGUGGGCCCAGCUGCUGAGGCCCACCGUUCAGUUCUUCUUGGUGGCUUUUGCCAUCUAUGUGGGCUAUACCCGAGUGUCUGACCACAAGCACCACUGGAGUGAUGUCCUCGUCGGCCUCCUGCACGGAGCCCUGGUGGCCUGCCUCAUGGUCCACUAUGUUUCAGAUUUCUUCAAAUCGCGGCCACCCCAGCCCUGCCAGGAGGGUGAAGAUCCAGAGCGCAAGCCCAGUCUGUCGCUGACGCUGACCCUUGGUGACCGACCCUAG